AUGGAUCCCGAAAAGAAGAUUGUCCUCGAACAAAGCGAGCAUGUCAAAGAAACUGCGCCCCCGACAUCAGAAGCUGCGCAGAAGCUCGCCGCGCUCACCGACAGUGCAGAGGUCGAGAUCAAGAACCCUCUCGUCGGCCUCCCCCGCGAUGAGCUCCUCUCGCGCGUCACGGCGUUUCAGCGAGAAAAGGGCCUGCCAGAAGACAUUCUGCCGCUUCUUGAAAAGGGUGCUCUUGUGGCGCAGAACCCCGCCGGCUUCGAGGAGCUUGCAGAAUUAGACGAGCACGACAAGGCCGCCUUGCGCAACGAAGUCACCCACAGGUGGCGCCACCCCAAGGCCCUUUACUUUACCAUUGUUCUCAACUCCAUUGCCGCAGCUAUUCAGGGAUGGGAUCAGACUGGCUCCAACGGCGCGAACCUUGGCUUCCCUGAAGCUCUUGGCAUCCCCGAUUUCUCACCCCAAUGCGGCCCCGACGAGACCAAGGGCCUCUGCGCCAGGAACGCCUGGCUCGUCGGUGUCAUCAAUGCGAUGCCUUACAUAACCAUCUGUCUCUUUGCCGGCUGGAUCUCCGACCCUCUGAAUGAGAUUUUGGGUCGUCGCGGCGUCAUCUUCAUUGCGGCUAUUUUCUCCGUUCUCGCUCCGUUUGGUAUGGCCGUGUCGCAGACAUGGGGCCAACUUGCAGCAUGCAGAGCUCUUCUCGGUAUUGGCAUGGGCUUGAAAGAGGUCACCGUUCCGGUCUACAGUGCGGAGAACGCACCAACCUCUAUUCGUGGCGGUCUGGUCAUGUCUUGGCAGCUCUGGACGGCGUUCGGCAUCUUCCUCGGUACUUGCGCGAACCUGGCUGUUGGAAAGGUUGCCCAUAUCGCAUGGCGCCUCCAACUCGGCUCGGCCUUUAUUCCGGCUGUUCCGCUUGUUAUAGGUAUCUAUUUCUGCCCCGAGUCUCCUCGAUGGUACCUCAAGAAGGGUCGACACCUGAAGGCCUGGAAGUCUCUUCUUCGUCUACGAAACACGCCCCUGCAGGCUGCUCGUGACCUUUUCUAUAUCGAUGUUCUUCUCGAGCACGAAGAGAAGAUGGUUGCCGAAUCUGGUCUGAAUGUCAAUGGCAGUGUGUUCACUCGUUUUAUUGAGCUGUUUACAAUUCCCCGAAAUCGCCGCGCUACCCAAGCUUCUGGUAUUGUCAUGAUUGCACAGCAGAUGUGCGGUAUUAACAUCAUUGCAUUCUAUUCGAGUACCAUCUUCGUCUCAAGUGGUGUUUCUGCUUAUAAUGCUCUUUGGGCUAGUUUCGGUUUUGGCUUGAUCAAUUUCCUCUUCGCCUGGCCUGCUGUGUGGACCAUCGAUACAUUUGGUCGCCGUGCCCUGCUGAUUUUCACGUUCCCGAACAUGUUUUGGACGCUGCUCGUCGCCGGUAUUUGCUUCCUGAUUGACAAGGGUGUGGAGCACAGUACGCCGCGUAUUGCCGCUGUUGCCACCUUUGUGUAUCUGUUCGGCGCUUUCUACUCUCCUGGCGGAGGCCCAAUUCCCUUCACCUACAGUUCGGAAGUGAUGCCUCUGUCGCAUCGAGAAGUUGGCAUGUCAUGGGCUGUCGCGACAAACAAUUUCUGGGCUGCCAUUUUGAGUUUGACCUUCCCUCGUAUGCUUAGGGCCAUGACCCCGACUGGUGCGUUUGGCUUCUACGCAGGCAUGAAUCUCGUCGCCUUGGCCCUCAUUUUCUGCUUUGUUCCAGAGACGAAGCAAAAGAGCUUGGAGGAGCUUGACGACGUCUUUAGUGUGUCGACCCGCACGCACGCCAAGUACCAGCUCUGCACUGUGAUGCCGUGGUGGUUCAAUCGUUAUGUCCUCCAGAAGGACGUCGUCUGUCCCCCUCUGUACAAGAACGAGAACAGGGUCGCCAGACCCAACGAAGGCAAAGUAUAA